AUGUGGAGGAAGAAGGGUUCUGGAGAUGACGAGGCAACGGCGGAGAGUGUCGCCUGGGAGAGGCGGCCAGGGGGGAUGCUGGUGCAGAAGCGGUGCUCGACGAGUGGCGAUUCCCCCGCCGCAGCGUCAGCGUCGAUGACAACUGUUGUGCGAGUGAGGGUGGUGUAUGGCGCCGCACGGCACGAGGUCUCCGUCAGCUCCCAGGUCACCUUCGGUGAGUAAUUCGCAAGCACCUGGAAUCACAGAUCUCCUUCAUCAGAGGUCCUGUCAUGUGGGGAGCGAGAGAGAGAGAAAGAGAGUAUUCCAGGCUUUCGUGUUCUCUCUCGGCAGAGCCGGCGGCAUUUCUCUUCUCUUUCAGCUGCCCGUCCCAUCCGCUCGCAGCACACCCUGUGUGUGUCGACAAGGGAACCUCAGCUAACUUCACCACACCCUCUGUCUGUUGACCAUGAGGCAGGGGCCUCACCCAGUACCAUAAUUUCAUUCUGCUCGUCUCCCGUGGCUCUGCACGUUAGUAGAUCCCAGUAAACGGCGAUGCAGCCCUACAUUAGGCAACUUGUCUGCUGACGUAGUUAUUACAUUUGGGGUGCCAACAGGAGAGCUGAAGAAGGUUCUCGCCGGAUAUACGGGUCUGCAGCCGGCGGACCAGAGGCUGCUCUACAAGGCCAAGGAGAGGGGGAACAGCGAGUACCUUGACACGUGCGGCGUGAAGAACCGAUCGAAAAUUGUCUUGAUGGAGGACGUCUCGAGCGUGGAGAGGCGGUACCUCGAGAGGCGGAGAAUGGCCAAAAUGGAGAGCAUCAACCGCGCCAUCUCCGACACCUCCAUGGAAAUCGAUAAGCUCGGCGACCAGGUGAGAUGCUUCGGCGUGGAUUUGUUGCCAUUUGGAGGGCUCCUUGAUGCCGGAGAAUGAUGUACUUCACUGUGGUGAGGCUCAAGGUUGCCGCAAUCGACGAGACUAUAUCGAAGGGGAAGAAGGUGGCCGAUGAGCAAAUCUCGACGCUCGUGGAGGUGCUCAUGAGGCAAGCCAUCGUAGUGGAAGGCAUUCCAGCCGAGGGGGAAGCCGUCUUCAAGAAGACUUUGCAGGUAAUCUACUGUUGGACUGCGGACGAACUUCGUCAUGACCUCCACCCCGAUACAAAUGUUGGUGUUCAUUCGCUUUGCAGGCCAAGAGGGUGCAGAAGUUUGUGGAAACACUGGAUGCACUCAAGGUGUCGAAUGACAGGGUGAAACCAGUGUUCGUCAGCACCAAGUGGGAGAUUUUUGAAAAUCCAACCACUAACCCCUGGGAAUUCUUCGAUUGA